AUGAGAGGGCAGCCCGAGCCCGGUUCCAGCUCUGGGCAGCGGUGGCGGAGUGGGCUGCUUCUUUUCCUGGUCCUCUUCACUGCCAGGGCGAGCCAUUUCACCCCGCCGGGCUUCGAAGACAUCGAGGAGGCCUGGAUCAUCGGCGACCUCCAUGGUGAUAUCCAGUGUGCUGAACAGUGGGUGAGAAGGACCGGCUUGGUAGAUCUGGACUCGUGGAUGUGGAAGGGCAGAGAGCGUACUGCGCUGAUUUUCAUGGGCGACUAUGUGGACCGGGGCCCUGAGGGCCUUCAGGUGCUCACUUUCGUGCGUAACCUCACUUGGAGCUUUCCCAGAAAUGUUCUGGCACUUAUUGGAAAUCACGACUUGUACUUCCUCGCAGACUCGGUCCUGCCAGAUGGUGCUACUAAUCUGAUGGGCGUGCCGGUGCGAGACUUUACGUUUUCAUUUCUUCACCCAGAAGAGUAUCUGAACUGGGUACCGGAGAGCGCCGUGCAGGCGGAGGACACGUCGGAGAUCCUGCCAAACCUGCUUCUGGCCUUGCAGCAUGUCUACCAGAUGAGAGUCGAGCAGCAGGUGAUGAUGGUCGAGGGGCCCGGACAAAGAAGCCUUUUCGGCUGGCCCCCUUUUGUCGGUAACGACAUGCUGCGCCAGCGCACCACCCAGCGCCUCAGCCAGUGGCAGAAGCACCUUGCUGAAGGACUUCACAGCUCCGGCUUGGCAGAGUGGCUCCUGGAGCGCCCUGCGAUGGCGGUCGUAGCAGGAGCACUUUUCGUCCACGGCGGCUUGAUGCCCGUCCGGGACGCCUCGGAGCUGGUACCUCUAGCACCAGGAUAUCUGCACAGCCACCGGCACCACCUCUUGCAGCGGGGAGGUCCUGACUUGGAGCUCCUUCAACAGGCUACGACUUACCGUGGCUUCCAUGCGGAUGACCCAAGGGGCUGCGGGGAGGUCGAUGCUGCGAGGACCUCAGAGGAGCGCCUUGAGCGAAGUAAUGCCCAGGUAAUUCGGGCCAUGCAGGAAGUGGCUAAUGUCAGCCGCAUUGUCGUCGGGCACACUCCAGACGCGGAGGCCUACACAUUCGGGCUAAUGGGCUUUGCAUGGUCACUGCCACCGCUUCGUGACAUGGACGUCGUCUCUGGAAGUCACACGAGUCGCCUGGAGCUGUCGGCGCUGGUGGGCUACCAGAUGCUGGAGUUCCUCUUCGGCAGCCGGCAGCCUCGCCCGGCCUUGAAGGGAGUUCUCGGCCUGAGAAACCUUGGCAACACUUGCUUCAUGAAUGCGGGGCUGCAGUGCCUCUGCCAUCUGAAGCCUUUGAGCCGGUAUAUCCUCUCCGGUGAGGCAGCCGAUGAGGUCAAUCGGAGCAGCGACCGAGGCUCCCAAGGACAACUUCUUGAUGCUUUCGCCGAGCUGCAGGACGCCAUGUGGAAUCCGAACUCGGCGUCAGCAAUCAACCCGCAUUCCCUGCACCAGACGCUGAUGAAGUUGGCCCCCCACCUUUUCGAGGAUUACCAGCAGCAGGAUGUGCAGGAAUUCCUCGCUUUCUUCCUGGAUACCCUGCACGAGGAUCUCAACCGCGUGCGAAAGCGCCCGAAGCCCCAGACAGAGGCUGAGGAGGAGGAAGACGAGCGUCAGGCGGCUGCAGGAGGAGAGGAAUUUGCUUCGGCCUUGUCCUGGAUGCGACACCUUGAACAGGGGAAGUCGUUUCUGGUGGACUUGUUGCAGGGGCAGCUGCGCUCCUCUGUCACCUGCAGCUGCUGUGGGCACAGCUCUCGCCGCUUCGAGGCUUUCCUUUACCUGUCCCUCCCAGUGACCUGGGAGAUGACGACCGUGCGCGAGGCUCUCGAGAAGUAUCUUGAACGUGAGACUCUUGUCGGAGAUGAGCAGUGGUUCUGCCCCAAGUGCAAGCAAAAGGUCGAUGCGACAAAGAAGAUAGACCUGUGGAAGCUUCCACCAGUUCUGGUUGUGCACUUGAAGCGCUUCGAGUUCGAUAUGCACAGCUGUCUAUAUCAGAAGAUAGACACUCACCUGAGAGCUCCAGAGCUCUUUGACCUUUCCUCCUUGUGCUUUUCGGAGCAGAAAGACGGGGCAGCCUAUCGAGUCACUUGCGUGGCGAAUCAUUUGGGGGGGUACGGGUCGGGACACUACACUGCCACCUGCCGCGUUGGUUGUCCCACGACCGGACCCUUCCACUACUUCGAUGACUCCUGUGUGGAGAGAUUGAGCUCGCAGCAGCCUGUUGGGGCCAAUGCCUACGUGAUCUUUCUUACCCGGAGCGGACCAUCGCAGGCCAUCAGCGAAGCUGCCCGGAAUGUCAUUACUCGGCAAACGAUCACAGCACCACAGAACUGGCCUCACAUGGCUUCAGAGCGCAACUCCAUUUUGCAUUCUAUGCUGCGUGCAAGGCGACAUGACGGCGUCCUUCUGCAAGGGUGGCUGAACAAGAGAGGGCCUGCGGCCGAUUUCAAGUGGGUCCGAAGGUGGUGCGUGCUGCACCCAGAUCGACUGAGCUACUUUGCGGACGAGGAGCAGGAAGUCAAGAAAGGCGAAAUUCCCGUGCUAAACACGAGCAUGUGUGUGGCUUUCAGCUCCAGCGGCGCGCCGGGCGAUUCUGUGAAGCACAAGGCGCAGUUCCCGUAUGGCUUUGUUCUGGAUCCGAACCCAGCAGCCGGAAGACAGCGCCAGCUCUUCUAUUUCGAUGCAGAGGACAACAGAAGCUUGAACCGCUGGACCUCUGCGCUAUCCAAAGCCUGCCGCUCACGGAUCGAGACACUGGAUUCAUUCCUGGAGCAGCCGCUGGACAUCUGCGAGGAGAAGCUCUAG